AUGUCAGAGGAUCAUUCGCUGCUCGCUCCGUCGUUAUGCCCACAGAGUACUAGUAGUUACUAACUCGCUGGACAGAGAAUACGUCCUCGUCACCGGUGCGACCGGCUUCAUCGGUGCGCACGUUGUCGACCAGCUCCUCAGCCGGGGCAUCAGGGUUCGCGGCGCGACGAGGUCGAUGGCCAAAGGCGAAGCCAUGAUGAAGGCUCGACCGCAGUACGCCGGAAAGCUCGACUUUGUUCAGAUCAGUGAUUUUGACCAGAUGAACAACAACGAGCAGUUGAGCAUCUUUGACGAAGCCGUCAAGGGGGUGGAUGGCAUCAUCCACACAGCGAGCCCCUUGACCUACAACACGACAAACAACGAAGCCGAGCUCAUCCUCCCAGCCAUCAACGGCGUCCGCGCUCUCCUCGCCGCCGCCGCCGCCGCCAACCGGGACCCCAAUAACAAGCGCGCCAUCCGCCGCGUCGUCCUCACCUCCUCCUUCGCCGCCGUCAUGGACGCCUCCCGCAAGGCCCCGCCGUAUUUCACCUACACGGCCUCGGACUGGAACCCGCUCAGCUACGCCGAGGCGGCCGACCCGUCCACCAGCGCCGUCGUCGCCUACCGCGGCAAGAAGUUCGCCGAGCUGGCCGCCUGGGACUUUGUGCGCGAGCACGGCGGCGGCGGCGGCGGGGGGUUCGACCUCGUGACUCUGUGCCCGCCCAUGACGUUCGGGCCGGUCGCGCACCCCGUCGAGAGCGUGGAGCGGCUGAACGAGUCGAACGCGAUGCUGUGGAAGGUGGCGAGCGGGGCGCGGCCGCUGCCGGUCGCGCGGGUGCCCUUCUGGGUGGACGUGCGCGACGUGGCCAAGGCGCACGUCGAGGCGCUCCUCCGGCCCGAGGCGGGCGGGAAGCGGUUCCUGCCGGCGGCGCCGGAGCGGUUCACGUAUGCGCUCGCGGCGCGCAUCGUGGAAGAGGAGUUCGAGUGGGCCAAGGGCCGGGUGUCGACGGAGGAACAGGUCGUCGACGAGAGUCACGGGGUGGAUGGGGAGACGGCGGCCAGGGAGCUGGGCCUGGAGUAUCGACGCUUUAGGCAGACCGUCGCCGAACUGGUGGCGCAGGCCGCCACCAUGAAGGGGUCAGGGUUGACAUGACCUUUCACUCUCGGCCAUUGGACUAACCAAAACGGUCUGGGCCGGGAUCCUGCAAUCGUCAAGCUCCGUGCCUUAUCAGGAACUGGCAGGCCACUGUUCAGAUGACAAUGGUCUUGCGCGUGUGAUACCGGUCCUCAGACACGUUGGUCUUGUCAACGAUUGAAUGCGUCCUUCCAAGAGACGUACAUCUGACCUCUUCGCUGUCCUGUUUAUUGCAUUAGG